GAAGUAGCUGUGCAUGGAAACGGAAGUGAUGCCUUUACAGUGCACAAAAUGAAGAUGCGUCUUUUGCUCGUUGUUGUCUUGGCGGAGUGGUUUUAUGCGUGCGCGGGGGGUUCGUUUCCCUUUGACGGUGAUGCCUUUGGUGAGGAUCGCAUCUGGAGAAGCUCCCAGAACAUGCAGCUCAGCGUCGAACCCAUCGUCACAGACAUCCCCGACGUUCUUAUGGAUGGUCCUGAACGUAAAGGGACUCUGCCGCCGCCCCUGAGCCUCCCGGCCUACCGGUGGGUCCCAGCUUCUUCGGUAAAUAAGAGACUGUUUGCCCCUGAGCGCGGGAGCCGGCCUGUGUCGCCGGCAAUGAGGGCGCUGCUCCUCCCUUCCCCCGUACCACUGGCGACGGUAACGGCAGGGGUGCCGCAACCUGUUGAGCUGUUGUGCCACCUUGAUCAGAUGUCUGUGAGGGUCAGGAGGGAACUGUUUGGGACAGAAGAUGCAAAGCAGAGCCUCUUUCUAGGCACAUGUCCUGUCAGCGGAGUCAGCGCCGCAUUUUACUAUUUCUUCUAUGACCUCCGAAGCUGUGGGGUGAAAAUGAAGUCCCUCCCUGACAGCGUGGUGUAUUACAACAGCCUUCGUUACACCCCUCCGUCUGCUGGGCCAGUUGUACGAAGGGCGUCGUUUACGAUUCCGGUCGAGUGCCGAUUCCAUAGAUAUUACAACUCCUACAAGGUUGGUUUCCAGCCAUGUCCUAGAGGAGGCACCUUCUUCAAAGGCCUUAGAAUGAUGUCUGGCAUGUCCCUCACUGCAAUGGAUGGUCACUGGAAAAGGCUUAAUUCAGAGGACAGAUACAUACUUGGAGGGCCAAUGCACUUUGAGGUUAAAAUUCCCUCCAAGUCUGGAAAUGAAAGGGUCUAUGUCAACAAGUGUUACAUCACUGCAUCUCGGCAACCAAAUGCUGCAAUGCAGUACACUGUAAUCAACAAUUUUGGCUGUAUGGUGGACAGCAUCAAGACCCCUCUGUCCAGGUUUGUCCCACAUUCAAAGAAGAAUGUGCUGAGGUUCACAAUUGGAUCUUUCCUCUUCGCGGAAAUGCUCACUAAGCCAAUGACGCCAAAAACCCUUUUCCUGCACUGUGAGAUCACUGUUGGGAGACCAAGAGCAACUCCAACUGCCAAAUCCUGUACCUACAACAUGACAUCUGAAGUGUGGCAGGAGCUGUUUGGCAACAAUAAAGCCUGUGUGUGCUGUGCCUCCAGAUGUCCUGUUCCCAGGAAUCUAGGUGUUAGGAAAAUGAUUAGCAGUCCUCCUUUACCAGUGGAAUAUGACAAAUGGAGCAUGCCAGCUGUGGCUCAGAGUGAUCACGAAUUUACAACCACCUACAAAUCCAUUCGUCCAACUCAUACAGUAUUCGAACAUGUCUGGGACUUCAGUGAGUGAUGGUCCUGACACCAGUGUAGCUCAGCGUCAAGAUCUAUUGACUUAGUUUGGGAACAGAAAGUCACAGCUUAAAGUUGUUGGGUUAAACAUGAAUGUUUCCUUGUUCAAACUUUUGGGAUAUCCCAAAAUGGUCAAGCAGAAUUUGACAUUAAAGUUAUUUUUAAC